AUGGGCAACAAACAAUCCACACAGCGGCGUAAUACCGACAACACCAAGCAGCACCUGCAAUAUCGCACUCCAAAAGGGCCUGUCCCAGCUGCGGCCAUACCAUUGAAUCUGGAAGACGCACCUGCUCCAAAUACACGAACAAGAUCCCGAUAUCCCAGGGAAUACCGGAACAAUGAAGGUCAACGUGGGCAACCUCGCACACAGCCGAUCGAUAACUUCGAAACAGGCCCCGGUCGUGUGCAGGGUCCUGCAGGUCGACUACAUGAAUAUCCCAUCCCGCCACCGGACACUCAGUUCCGUUUUCGCUACGAUGAUCCAUGUAUGAACGCUCAUCAAGUGGAGCGCCGUAUUCAUCGAAAUGAGAGGGCAAACGUUUUUGGCCCAGCAGAUGGCAGGCCAGGCAAUGAUCCGAUGACGGUCAGAGCCGCUGUUCGUGUUGCGCAAGUCGACGGCAAGGACGAACUCGUUGAAGCUGGGGUGUUGGCGCAUCCCCCAGGGAAUCGCACGGGGUUUCAACGAGCUCCAAUUGAGCCACUCGAUCGUCAGGGCCGGCAAAUAUUGCAGCGCGAGAUUGAUGAGAAAGGAAGAACAAGAACAUAUCCUCCCCGCGGUUUAGAUGCAGCUUUCGUUCAGGGAGUAGAGACGAAUCACGAGAGAGUGCAUCGCCCAACUUACCCUCAAAUGAGACGCAGAUGA